AUGGCUCUAAUCUCAGCCGGUGUAGGAAGAGACAAAGCUCGUCUCUCUUUAGAAAAGCUAGAUUCCGGAAAUAUAUAUUUGAUCUUCUCGAAACUGGUUUCGGCAUCACUGGAGCUGGGCCUCAGUGCUGAAUUCUCCAAAAGGCGGCAUUGGGCUCCGAUGCCGCGUAGCUUGCGAUCUGACUAUCGGGCUUUAUCAUAUCAUCAGUCCCUGCGAGGGCGGGAUAAGACAGCACCAUCCCUGGAAGGGGGGAGGAGGAGGUGGUGCAUCCGGGAGACAGAGGAAAAGAAAGCGAAAGUGCGUGUUCGUUGCGAGGGUGCGAGACUGGGAUUAAGAGAUCUGCGCGGAUCGGCGUCAGCUGGAUUGCUUCGAACUACAACACUACCCUCAUAUGCAACAUGA